AUGUAUAUUCAUUGCUUUGCUCACCAGCUUCAGUUAGUAGUUGUUUCUGUGGCACAUAGGAAUGUUAUGCUUAGUGAUUUAUUUAACAUGCUUGAUAUUAUUGUGAAUUUGGUUGGCGCGUCAUGUAAACGUGUAGAUGCUCUUCGAACAAGUUAUCAUGUUGAAAUUCUGGAGAGGCUUAAUAUUGAAAAACUUUCUGGUAGAACUGGUCAGUUUCAAGAAAUGAGUUUGGCACGUCCAGGUGAUACUAGAUGGGGCUCACAUCUAAAGACAGUUACUCACUUUAUUAGUAUGUUUAAUGCGAUCAUAGAUGUUCUUGAGAAUAUAUCAAAAGACGGCAUAAGUUUACAACAAAAAUCAAUGGCCAUCAGACAGAUGGACAUUAUGCAAGAUUUUCAAUUUGUGUUCAGUCUCCAUUUUAUGUUUGAAAUUCUAGCAAUUACAGAUGACCUUUCACAAGCCUUACAGAAAAAGGAUCAGGAUAUUCAGAAUGCUAUGAGAUUAUUGAAGUUGUGUAAGUACGCAUUGCAAAACAUGAGAGACAAUGGUUGGGAUACUUUGUUGAGUAAGGUAAUUCAGUUUUGUGUUGAUAGACAUAUUUCAGUGCCCAAUAUAGAUGAUAUUGUAGUAUCGAAAGGUCGACCUAGGCGUGCAAAUUCAAUCUUGCAAGAGUUGAAUGAUCGUUUUCCAGAAACAACUACUGAACUUUUUACUUGCAUUUCAUGUUUAAGCCCAAGAGAUUCAUUUGCAGCUUUUGAU